AGGGAAGGAAGGAAGGAAGGGGCUGAGGAGGAGAGAAGCUGGUAGGAUCACAAUCAAAAUUAGCUCUUUUUUUGUUAACUGAGCUGUAAUGGAUAAAAAAAUCCUGGCUUUAGCAGCGGAAGAAAAAACAGAGCAGCUUCAGGCAUGCCUACAGAACAUGAAUGAAGAAGAGUUGAGAGACCUGGUUAUCAAGCAGGCCUUGAGAGGGAAAGAAAUUGGUGCUCUUCUGAGAGGAAUCUUCAAAGGGUCUCCUUGCUCUCAACAGAGUUGCGUCAUCAGAAGAAUCAGCAUUUACAAACAUGGUGUCCAGCUGGUAGAAUCUGGUGACCUGCAUGUGGAAGUAGCAUCUGAGAUUAUAGGGCUGCUGAUGCUAGAGGUCCACCAGCUGCCAGGCCCUGCAUUGGUUGACUUGGCCACUUUGUUUCUUGAAGCAGUCCGAGGAGGCAGCCUGCUAAGCGGCAAAUCUUUAGAGUUGCUACCGACAGUAUUGACUGCGCUGGCUACUUCAAAAGAGAUCCUGAUUUAUGGCAAAGGUGAGCUGAGUGGGGGAGAGCUGAAGAAACAGCUGAUCAAUACACUGUGCUCCAGCAGGUGGAGCCAUCAGUGUGUGAUCCAUCUCACCUCCAUGUUCAGGGAUGUCCCACUGAGUGGGGAAGAGCUGCAAUUUGUGGUGGAAAAGGUACUAAGGAUGUUGCCUAAGGUGGAUCUCCAAGAAAUCCCUCCUCUGGUCUACCAGCUGCUGCUGCUUUCUGCAAAGGGCAGCAAGAAAAACAUUUUGGAAGGAUUAAUCAACUUUUUCAACCAGGUAGAUCAAAAGCAGAAAGAAGAGCAGAGAGAUUCACAGUCCGUGGACCUUGAAGAAGCUACGGUGCCCUUAGAUCAACUCCGCCAUGUGGAAGGCACAGUUGUUCUGCAUAUUGUGCUAGCCAUUAAUCUGGACCAGGAUUUGGGCAAGGAGCUGCUAAAAUACUUAAAGUCUGAGCAGCACAGAGAUCCUGGCAAAGCCCUCUGUCCCUUCAGUGUGACCGUUCUGCUGUCAAUGGCCAGAAUACACCGAUUUCAGGAGCAGGUCUUUGACUUCCUGAAAACAUCAAUUAUGAAAUGCUUCAAGGACCUGCAGUUCAUUCAGGGUUCCAAAUUCUUGCAGGACUUGGUUCCUCCACACUGCAGUGUAUCAGUCACAGUUUUAGAAGUCGUGGCAAACAGUGUGUUUGGUUGGGAUCAUGUUACUCAAGGCCUGGUGGAUUUUGGUUUCAUCCUGCUGGACUCUUAUGGGCCAAAGAAAUUUUUUGGAAGCAAAGUCAUGGAAAUUACUACCAGCCUUUCCACAACUCCGACCCAUAAAGUGUGCAGUCUGGGAGCCAAUAUGCUGCUGGAAACCUUCAAGGUCCAUGAACCAAUCAGGAGGGAGAUCCUGGAGCAGGUCCUCAACAGAGUUGUCAUCCAUGCUGGCUCUCCCAUCAGCCACUUCAUAGAUUUGCUGUCCAGCAUCAUCUCCUAUGCUCCCCUCGUCCUUCAGAAUUCUUCGUCCAAAAUCACAGAGGUCUUCGAUCAGCUGUCUUUUCUUCCUCUUGCAACAGUGCAGGGUCUCCUGAAGGCUGUGCAGCCCCUGCUCAAAAUAAGCAUGCCCAUGAGGGACUCCCUUAUCCUUGUUCUUCGCAAAUCAAUGUUUUCAGGGCAGCUGGAUGCUCGUAAGUCAGCAGUUGCUGGGUUUUUGCUUCUAUUGAAGAAUUUCAAGAUUAUGGGCAGCUUGACUUCCUCCUACUGCAGCCAAGCAAUUGGUGCAAGUCAGGUCCAGGUGGAUGUUCACUCCCAGUAUAACUCAGUGGCUAAUGAGGCCUUUUGCCUCGAAAUCCUAGGCAGCCUGAGGCGAUGUUUAAGUCAGCAGGCUGAUGUCAGAGUCAUCCUGUAUGAGGGUUUUUAUGAUGUCCUGCGUAGGAAUUCCCAGCUGAGUAAUUCUGUUCUGAAGACGCUGCUAUGUCAGAUAAAACGAUAUUAUGAACCUGAACCGGACCUGUUGCCCCCAUUAAAGCUAGAAGGGUGCAUCUUGGCUCAGCGAGACCAAAUCUUUCUGCAAGAACCUUUGGUUCACCUCCUCUGCUGCAUCCAACACUGCCUGUCUUGGUAUAAAAACACUUCAGUCCUCCGCCAACAGGCUGAUGAGGAGGAGGAGGACAAUGAAGAAGAGGUUGGGUUCCACCAAGAGUUGGGUGAGAUGUUGGUGUCCAUCACACGGCGAAUGAUCAAGAGUGAACUGGAAGAUUUUGAACUGGAUAAAUCAGCGGAUUUUUCUCAGACUACUGGAGUGGGCGUGAAGAACAAUAUUUAUGCCAUUUUGGUGAUGGGGGUCUGUGAAGUCUUGAUCGAGUACAAUUUUAGCACAGGUAACUUCAGCAAGAGCACAUCAGAAGACGUUUUGGGCCUGUUCAAGUGCUACACCAGUCUUAGUGACAUCCUGAAAGAGAAAGGUGGAAGGAACAAGUCCUCAUCAGCAAAUAAAAUGGCCCGAAGCUUCCUUUCUAUGGGCUUCAUCUCCACCUUGCUCACAAGUCUCUUCAGGGACUGUUCUCAGAACCACGAGGAGAGCUUGGCCAUACUACGUGUCAGCAACGACUUCCUACGCUAUGCUGUCAGCGUGGCACUGCAGAAGGUGCAACAGUUGGAGGAGACAGGGCAGACAGAUGGGCCAGAUGGGCAGAACCAAGAGAAGAUUUUCCAAAACCUUUGCAAAAUCACUCGAGUCCUGCUCUGGAGGUAUACUUCGAUCCCAACUGCUGCUGAAGAAUCGGGGAAAAAGGAGAAAAGCAAGAGCAUCUCAUUGCUGUGCUUGGAGGGCUUGCUGCGGAUCUUUAACACAAUGCAACUUCGUUAUCAGCCAAAGCUCCCUCAGUUUCUACAGGCCUUGGAUCCUGCCGACGAAGAUGGAGAAGAGGAGGCAGCAGACAUUAACGUUACCGCGAAGACUGGAUUCCUGAUCCGACAGUUUCAGAGGUCACUUGUGAAUCAGCUCAGCCACACUGAGGAUGACUUCAAUAGCAAGGAAGCCCUUUGGCUGAUCUCCAUUCUUACGACCCUUUCCAAGUUGCUGGAGCCUUCCUCCCAACAGUAUGUGCAGUUGUUAUCUUGGACAGUCAAGAUCUGCAAGGAAACCAGCUUGGAAGAUGCUCAGUGCUGUAGAGGGCUGCUCACCCUGCUCUUCAGUCUGCAUGCUCUCAUCAAGAGCCCUGUCAGCCUACUGUGUGAGCUUGCCCGGGAUAUCCAUGCUCAGCUUGGGGACAUAGACCAGGGACUUGAAUUGGAGCACCAGUCUCACUUCGCAGUUGUGAACACCAAGACAGCAGCUCCUACAGCUUGUUUGCUUGUUUUGGGCCAAGCAGAGAAGGUCCUUGAAGAGGUGGACUGGCUGAUCAAUAAAAUGAAGAACCAUUUGGGGUCGGAGGCAGCAGAAGAUUCUUCCCAAGCAGCCAGUGCAGCACAGCUGCUGGAAAAGGCAAUCAUCCUUCAGCUGGGGACUUUGCUGACCUUGUACCAUGAGCUGGUACAAACAGCUCUGGCGGCUGGGAGCUGCGUGGAUGCCUUGCUCAGGAGUGUCUGCAAGAUGUACACCAUCCUCACCUCCCUCAUCAAAUAUUAUCUCCAAGUUUGCCGCAGCACAAGUGGGGGGAUUCCAGGGCGGCUGGAAAAGCUGGUUAGGCUGUCAGGUUCCCAUUUAACUCCACAGUGUUACGCUUUCAUCACAUAUGUACAGAGUGAAACCUCAGCUGUUGCAGAAGAAAAGAAAAAAAAGAAGUUGACAGCAGAGGGGUCCACUGUCAUGGCCAAAGUGCUGCGGGAGACCAAACCAAUUCCAAACUUGAUUUUUGCCAUAGAGCAAUAUGAGAAUUUCCUGAUUCAUCUCUCAAAAAAGUCAAAGGUCAACCUGAUGCAGUACAUGAAACUGAGCACCUCCAGAGACUUCCGAAUCAAUAUGUCUACCCUAGAGAGUGCCCUGGAAGAACAGGAUGCUGAAAAUGAGUCAGAUGAUGACCAGAGCAGUGCAUCGGCGCAGCCCAAUGACAGCCAGGAGCCCAAAAAGAAGAGACGAAAGAAAUGAGAACUGACCUAUUUAUGCCCAGCCAGGUUUUGUGGACAAAGAAUGCUUCCAUUAACACCUGCUUUUCUGCAAGAGUCUUUUUGAAGCAACUGCUCAUCCCUGAAUGCUGCAGAAGAAUGGCCUGCGUCUAUUGCCACAGGGCUCCGUGUCAGAUAAGCUGCCUUUGGAGCCACAGCUUGUCAGCACCGCCAUACUCUGGCUUAUGAUUGCCUCUCCAAGAAGUAAGGCAAGGCCAGGCUCCUCAAGAGACAGCUUCUGGGAAGAUUCCGGAAUCUCAAAACUUAUUUUCCUUUCUCCAGCAAGCCUUUGGUUAUUUUAAGAAGUUGAUAUAUAUCCAGAGCUUCACCUGAAAGAAAGGGUAGAGUGUGCAAAAUACAUCAGAUCCUCUUGCCCCCCCCCCUCUCUGGUGCCUCAAAACUGAGCUUUUAGUCAGGUAGAGGUUUUCUACUAUAUGUGCUCAUACUCUGUUCAGCGGCUCCUGAUAAAAUUCUUAGGGGACCAAAGGAUGUUCCCCAAACCAGGACCUAUUAAUUAUCCUUUUACAAAACUGCACUUUGCCUUCGUUUAAAAGGGGUCUUGUGGGAACUUAAUUUAAUAAAAUACACAA